UGUGAACAGGAAAGCUUCAUUCACUUGUCAAGAUUUUUAUCAUUCAAGCUGAUCUCUUUCAAUUCUAUUUCAUCCCAAAUCGCUAUGGCUGUCUUCUCAAAGCUGAUAAGCUCCAUCAAAAAGCAUGAAAAAACCAAGAAACCACAAACCACUUCGCAAUCAUGCAAAGUUGGUUCUUUCAAGCUCAAUGGACUGAAAAUCAAGGGAAAGCUCCUGCUGCCCCUGGUAGUUAUCCCAGACAGUCAACCAGCCAUGGCUCUAUUCAGAGCAGGAGGCUGUGAGAAGAGAAAGGGAAAAUCUGUGGCUACCUUGAAUUUUUCCAAAAAAUGGAUGUAUCUUACCACCAAGAACCAGGAACAAUCUGUAAAGAAUUGUACCACCAUCAUUAAGUUUACCUAUAAGAACAUUGUGUCUGUGGACAUCACUGAGCGAAAGAAUGAGGUGGCCAUUGUUUGCAAGAGGCCUGUUGCGAGCAACUCUUAUUGGUGUGUGUGCCUCAAGCUCAAAACUGCUAAAGGAUUCCAAAACGGCAAAAUAUCCAAGAGCAGGAAAGUUACUGGCAAAGAAGUCCAACAACUCCUACAACCUCAACUCAAAAAAACCAACUCACGGCUACCACCAGCUGUUUGUGCUCCACCAAAGGAUGAGCCUCUAGUUAGAAGAAGCUCUGUCUCAGAACUACAUGUGAGUGAGCCUAAACAAGAAGAUACAACAAGCUACAAUGGUGCUACUGUAUCGAGUGAUGAGGUAGAGCCUAUUGCUUCUCAAGAACUCGGAGAAACUAAACUGGAGCAACACAACCAGGAAUUUGAUACACUAGAGGUGUCUGAUGCUGAACAAGAGAGUGCCUCGCAAGAACUUCACGAAUCUGUAGAGGAGGAAAACAGUUGGGAAAUAUCGGAUCCUGUGUCGAUUCAUGAAUAUGCCUCCUGCCCUAACAUUUAUAUGGAACCUUGUGAAGUUGAUGGUGGGCCAACUGAGGAUGAAUGUGGGCCAAGCAAACGACAUUUAAGUCCAGAGGUGACUUUGGCUAAUGCUCUACAACUCAGCGAUGAAGCCUACUACGACAGAAAUCGCAAUCGUUCCCACACUGGAUACUUUCACUUUCAACAGACCCAGCAAACAGCUCAGCAAGCAUCAUCCUUCUCAUAUGUUCAGAGCCCCACCCCUGGCUACAACUAUACAGCUCGGUACAGUAGCACUCCUAUGAACUACUACUACAAUGGCUACGGGUACCUAACCUACCAGUGGCAGCUCCAAUACACUGUGUGCCCCCCAACUCCUGAAUCAAGCUCCAGCACUGAACUUGAUUUUGGUUUGUACCACUCUCCUGCUUUUUGCAUUGUCAGCGAACAGUACGAGACCUCACCUCACAUCUUGUGCUGACCAAAGCCAAUCUUCCAUGAACCCUCAGGAUCCUCUUGAUAUUACUAAUCAAGUAACAAGCAGCCACUAAAGACGUUAUCAGUUUUUCCUCUCAAAGAAUUUUUUGUCGCACAAUGAUUUUUUUGUAAUAUUAUAAUUGUGUGUGUGUGUGUCUAAUUUUUGUAAGUAUAAUGGUAAA